UCAAUUCGCGAAAGCUAGUAUUUGUUAUGAUGUCAAAACUUCCCCUGAAAACCAUUUUCCUGCAUUUUAUCGGUUAUCUUGCUUAUUUUCUCAACGAGGUUGGCGCUCCUUCACCUGCUUCCUAAUUCGUACUGCGUGGUCGCCGCGGUACAUGCUGAUUGACACGCAGAUCCUAUAUAUGCAAAUUCUGGAUUUGAGCCAAAGAAGCGUUAAAGGACUAAGCAACCUUGAUCUGUGGAGCCGGGUGGUGGAUCUCAACAGCGACCUUUCAAGCAAACGAAGGGCAAAGGUUUGUCGUUUUAUGGAACACUGCAGACUGAUGGCGUAUGGGUGAGUGUCAUCAAGCAUGAUUUCGCAAGUCGCAAAGGUGGCCGGCAAAAAAAAGGCGAAGGUUCUGGACGAAGAUGUACCGUACGUUGACUCGCUUGCUCCAAUUGAGCAAAGAUGCCUGGAGGGCCGCUGUGUGUUGGUCGACCUAGGACGAAGAGAUUUGCUUUUCUGCAUGCACGAGUACUCCGAACCAAACGCAAGGAUCCGCUAUCGUUACACCUCCUGCCAGAAGGCGAAUGAAUUGAAGACGAAAAAGUACAGAAGGAUCAGAGAGACAUUACUUAGCCAAUUCCCAAAUGUCAAGACUGCGCAGGAAAAAUUGUCACAACAUCCCAUUUCAGUCAAUGACCUCGAGACGUAUUGUCACAAUCUACGGGAAACCGCAAGCGUAUCUCAGGUACUAUCAAAUUUCUAUGCGAACAUAACAUCAAUCUAUCGGGAUACCCUCUUUUCCGAAAACUACGACUCUCAGCCUAUUUCAAUCAAUGCCGAGCAGAUUCUCGAUUGGCGAGAACCAUAAAUUUGUGCUUUGGGUGGGACCAGGCUUUGAUCCUGGGAAAUUGGUCGGCACCAAAUGUCAAGUUCCAUGAGCCGCUCAGAGGUAGGCAUGCGACGGAUGCUCAAAAAACAAGGUUUGGAGGUGUGUUUGCUCGAUGAAUUCAAAACGUCCUUGUGCUGUCCUGACUGCGGCGAUCCGUUGGAAAAUUCAAGAAGGUGCCCAAUCCCCGGCCAUACCGACGAACGAAGCAGCCAGAAGUAUUAUGCCAUGGCCUGUUAAGAUGUACCAAUCAAAAAUGUAAACAUGAUCAUGGCUAUAAAUUAUGGAAUCGCGACUUGACUGCAAUCCUUAAUUUCCGCAAGAUCAUGUUUGGCCACCGAGAGAAUAACGAAAGGCCGACACUCUUCAAAAGGAAGCGGGCCGAAGCGGAAGCCUCGAGUAGCAAA